CUUAACCCCCCGCUGACCAAUCUAGACUCAGACAGCCUGUCCAGCCUGACGCAGCCUAGCCUAUCGGACGGCGAGGAGCAGCUGGAGCGCCUCCAGCAGGCGGAGAUGUCCCGCAGCAGACCCAUCUCGCUGUGGAAGGCUGGGACGGUGCAGGCGUGGCUAGAGGUGGUGAUGGCCAUGCCCAUGUACAUCCGGUCCUGCGCCGAGAACGUCAAGAGCGGCAAGGUGCUGUUGGGAUUAACAGAUGAGGAUCUGGAAGUGGGAUUGGGAAUAAACAGCCCCAUCCAUCGCCGAAAACUCCGCCUCGCUAUAGAGGAUUACAGAGAAGCAGAGAACGGAGCAGGACUCUCUAAAGCUGCAGAUAUGGAUCAUCAGUGGGUGAGUAAGACGUGGCUGAGGGACCUCGGGCUGCCCCAGUACUCCCAGCUCUUCCAGAACCAGCUGGUGGACGGCCGGGUUCUGGGAUCGCUCACCCGCCGGGACCUGGAGACCAUCUUCAGCAUUAACAACAAGUUCCACAUCACCAGCCUGCUGUCGGGGGUCCAGCUGCUGCAGAUGCUGGGCUUCGAUAAAGAGGUUCUGGAGAGUAGGCGGGGUCAGGCUGAGCUGCAGGACGUGGAUCCGGUUGUUUGGACGAAUCAGAGAGUCAUUAAAUGGAUCAGAGAAAUCGACCUGAAGGAGUUUGCUGAAAGUCUGCAGAACAGCGGAGUUCAUGGAGCCGUGAUGGUUCUGGAUCCGUCUUUCAGCGCUGAGAGUCUCGCUAAAGCUCUCGAGAUUCCAAACAACAAACACAUGAUCCACCGACACCUUUAUGAGGAGAUGAAGGUCCUGCUGAAUCCGGCCAGGACCAAUCAGAAUCAGGAAUACAGCCGUAAGGAGGGAACGCCCACCCAAUCUCCCGCCUCCAGCUGCCGCUACGCUGAGGACCGGGUCAGCCUCCGACCCAGAUCAGGAAAGAGCCCCCUGAGGUUUAACCCUAAACUCGCUGGUGGACGAGACCUCGGCUUCAGCUGCGGGUCUUUACCCAAGGAGGAGAGGUUAAAGGUCGUGCAGAGGUCGAAGGGCAGCCCGAUGCACGGCUACUCCAGCAUAGAGAUCACCAACGUCUAGCAGCAGAACUGCGACAUUCAGCAUCGAACAUCUAAACAUCUGUUUAUACCCAGAAUUACUGAGUUUAUACCCAGAAUUACAGAGUUUAUACCCAGAAUUACUGAGUUUAUAUCCAGAUUUACUGAGUUUAUACCCAGAAUUACUGAGUUUAUACCCCGAUUUACUGAGUUUUACCCAGAAUUACUGAGUUUAUACCCAGAAUUACUGAGUUUAUACCCAGAAUUACUGAGUUUAUACCCAGAAUUACUGCAGAAUUCACCGGUUCUACACUGUACAGUCAGUCAUCACACACUAAUAAUUACAAUAAUCACAAAAAUCUAAUAUAAACAGAAUAUCAAGAUUUAUUACAUAUGGAUUAGGAUUUCUGCUUUGAGCGACUGUCUUUUACCCAAAAAAUGAUCUGUUUGUUUUGUUGUUGUUUUUUUUUACUUUUUCUAAAGGUACCGAGAGGGAUUAUAAUCUGUGCACAUUUUAUUUAAGGUUUUAUUUAAAUUUCACCAAUUGAAAAAAAACACAUUAUAAAUAUAUUAUAGAUCCAGCAAAUCUCAAGUCAGGUCAAACCUAUUCAACAAAAUUAAACACAAACCCACUGUAAUGUUUCCCCAGCAGAUCAAACAAAGAAUUUUAAAUCUAAUCUGUUUAUCUAAUAUUUCUAAUUAGGAUCAUUCUGUUUAUUUAUCUAUUUUUAUUCAUUAUAACUUUUUUUACAGAAUUUUAUGAACUAAACUGACUGUAUAAUAUAAUUUAAAAAAAUUAAGUUUACAAAAUAACUUAAUAACAAUAUAACUAAAUUAAAUGGCGGUGGAUUGAAAGCUGUUAAUCUGGAUUUUUCAGUAGGAUAAAUUCCUUUGUUUUUCUUUUUAGGCUCGGGUUUUAGAGGUUCAGCCGGAUUAUUAUGUUAUACUUAAUUUGAAAUAAUUUAACUUGAUUCUCAGAUUAAGAAAGUAUUCAGUGAAAACACUACUAAUAGAGUUUCACUACAGGAUCAAACUGCAAUUAAACACUAAAACAACUGAUUAAAGAGAUCAUGUGGUAUUAACUAUAUUAUUUAAAGUGAAAAAAGAGAAUUUAUUGGAGUAUAAUAAUAUUAUUUAAUUCUAUUUUUAUAUAAAUAUAAAGUGAUGUAUUUUCAGUGUAUUCCAUUUGUUUUCUUCUGGUACAGAAAUAUCUAUACUCCAGUCUACACCUUCCCGACUGCGCUGCACUGAAUUAAAAACGUCUCUCUAUUGUUUAAUAGAAUCUUUAUAUAAAAAAAAUACUUUAAAUAAAACACUUUUAAAGCAAUAUAUAACUCAUUCAGCAGAAUUGUACAGACUUACCCACAGAACCAACUCUAAUUAUCAGCUAUUUCAUUAGAAACCUCUAAAACAGGAUCAGGCUCUCGGUUUAGUGUGAAAUGGAACACACCCUUCCUCCAGAGCCUCGGGUCAACUGGUCUAUCAGCUCAACCAGCAGCUGAACUGGAAACAGGUGAGUAAUCCGGAUCCGGAGAGUUAAAAUCCAGUAUUGCUCACAAAACCCAACCACCCAGACAGGUGGAACUAAAUCCUGGACUGGAUUUUUACUCUCUGUACCCGAAUUACUCCCAGCUACCUAAAUAAACACAAAUAGUUUCAGGAUUUACAUUGAAUACAGUUUUACUCUACAUUAUUAUAGUUUUAUUGCAAUGGAGAAUCAUGUACAUUCACAACUGAGGAUCCCUGGCAUAUACAUAUAUAACCAUUUUAAUUCAAUUUAUUUUAAACAAUAAAGAAACAGAGGAUGUAAAACAAUCAGAUAACUAGAAACGUUUUGUUAGUAAACGGCAGGAUAUGGCCUCUUUACUGUAUCUCAUUUUUAUAUUGUAAAAUUAAAGGCUAGAUUCUGUCCUACUGAUGCUUAUCAGCACUGUGUGCAAUAGUGCAAAAAGUGCAAAAAUAACUGUAUCAGGAAAUGUACAGGUGUUUGUUGGAGUUGUGACUAAUUUUCAGACCAGUGUACAGAUCUUACGAUUGUGCCAUCAGUAGAAGUAAUGUUGUAAAACAUGUGUAUAAAUACUGUAUGAUCUUCAUGUGUGUCAGUGACACAAUCUGUAUAGAAAAAUAAACCUGUUUACAGUGUCUCUACAAUAUUGUUUAUUUACAGCCACAACACACAAUAAAGCACAAGCACCAACAAAA